AUGCUCCCUCGAACCCUCGAGCCCCGGAGCCACUCCGCCGACUCACCAGAGCCAUGGACAAAUCCCAUCAACUCCCACACCCACACCCAUAAUACUGGUUAUCACAUUUCCCAGCAGGGACCCCUCCAAUCCCACGAUCCUGCGUUGCUCAAGUUUCCGGAUGUCCCUACCACCGAGCUCCCGCCGAUCCAGUCGCCCUCCCCCGCGAACCGGCAGGAAGGCGGCAACACCCUGCCCUCUCUGUCGAGCGUAACCGGAGAAUACCGCCGCGCCUCGUCGCAGGUAACAGACUGCUCGACUAACCGUCAAACCUCUGUGGGCCCUCAGCCAUGGUCGGCGUUAAGCCCCCUCUCCAACCAUUAUUCACGGCUCGCCGACUCCCCUGCCCGGAUGGAUAUCGACGGAAGCAGCAACAGUGUAGUUAGCGCAGCUUCCCCAGACUAUUUCCGUGAUGGCAGGGCGAGUAGUGUGAGCCUAGAUGACCCCGACGUCCGUCUAGCCGCAGAGGCUCUGGGCGAUUUGCGCGCAGAUUUCUUAUCUUCUCCUCCGAACUCGCACGCGUCUCUCCCUAUGCAGUCUCCAUCCCACAGCUCGACAUCCUCGCAGGCUCGUGCGCAGCAACACAACGCCCAACCGGAGCCCUUGUUAUCACUUCUUACUACAUCCCACCCUUUGCUUGCGACAACCAUCGGCGGUGCUGCAUCGGCUUAUAAUAGCUCGAAGAACUACUCACCGCGUUUCAAAUCUGGCGCGGAGUACGUCGAGGGCUACCUGACCCCGAUCGCAAAUACCGUGGGUUCGGUCGGCCGCGUUACGGGCGUGGAGGGUUCCGUGCGAUGGUUUCUUGGCCGCAAGAAGUCGCAAAGACCUGACGUCGAGUCGGGAGCUACUAUCUCCCACAAGCGACGGAAAGUAGCAGAACACACGAGCAGGAAUCUACCCAUAGACUCUGAUGAAAAGAAUGAGAAAGCAUUGGAAGCCUACGGCUUCAAAGCUGAUCGUCGAUUAUCGCAAGCGAGCACGAUCGACACUCUCCCGGCCUACGAGAGCUACGAGAAGUCACCCGCGUACACCGAGACCGCUGAAGACGCCGGGACCAAGCGCGAUUCGGCAAAUGCGCCAUGGCAAUCGCGGUUGAUUAUGUCUACAUCCGGACUAAGUAUAGCAAUGAGGGAGGAAAGCUUGCGCAGCUUGAAAUAUUGCCUGACCUGGCUGAGAUGGGCCAAUGAUCAUAUUGCCAAGGUUAUCAGCUCGUUGAAAGCUGCCUUGGAGCAGUAUGAACAGGUGGAGCAAACCGAGAGUGACUCUGCAUCUAGAAAUGGCUCGGAGAAGACGGCUGCGACGGAUGCCCAGGCCAACCGUAGACAGCUAGCCGCCCGAAUAGCCUCGCUUCGGGACGAUGUCCUGAAGACGCUUCGAGACGUUGUUGAGACCAUUUCCAAAUAUACAGGAGGAGCGCUGCCGGAGAAUGCCAGGGUUCUUGUCCGACGUCAUCUGACUAGCUUGCCCCGGAAGUGGCAGCUGGCCAUGGCUAUGGACUCUCAGCAGCACCAACAACAGCAGCAGCAACGACAGGAGCAGGGGCAGCAAUCAGCAGAUGGCGAAGACGGCGGCAGGCCUCGCGAGAAGAAUGUCAAGGAAGGUGCACAGCGGGUCCUCGUCCUGGCCAAGGAGGGUCUCGACAUGAUGGCCCAGAUUAGUGAUGUGCUGGAUGGUACCAUCGUCAGCGCUGAGGAAUGGUGCGAACGAUUAGGGAAGAAGAGAAGAAGAGAGGGUAGGGAUGGCUCUGAUCCCCAAAUCCAGAUGAAGACCGAGGCCCCACCACGAGGUCCUCCCCCGGGCCCCGACGGCGAUGUCAACAUGUCUUGA